AUGUUCAACGUGGACGAGGACUAUAACCCCGAGUAUACGCUAGACGUCGCCGGCUACACUAUUUGGCACAAGCUUCACAUCGCCCACUUGAUAUGCGAUGAGAGCAAAGUCGCCCUGCUCGAAACCCUCCUGAUCCGUCUGCGAGUCCCGGAGCACAUUCGGGAGUACUUUGGGCUCAAACGGGUGCUCCUGGAAGAUGAAGCCGCGACGACUAAGUACCUCCUCGACAAGCUUUUCGAUUGGUAUUACCGUGGAGACCGCGCCUCGCCCGUCCACGAGGAUGAACAGCGGAGGCUGAAGAUGAUGGACCUGUAUCAGGCGAUGAAAGACGAUGGCGUCGUUGAGUUGAUUGAUGAGGAGUGA